AUGAAAGACGUUCUUCUGGUUGGCUUUGGCGCCGUUGGUGCAAUCUACUCCCUUAUCUUGAAAAGAAGUGGGUUGGUUCGAGUAACUGCCGUUGCACGCAGUAAUUAUGAUCUGGUGAACAAAGAGGGCGUCAAUUUCAAGAGUGGAAAAUACGGAGAGAUCAAUGGGUGGAAGCCUGAUCGACUGUGCAGAUCUGUAGCUGAUGCUGCCGAUAGGCCAUAUUCAUAUGUCGUGGUUACGACCAAAGCUAUCCCAGAACUGAUGCGGACACCCAAGCUGCUGGCACCACUCCUUGCUGCCCGCUACACUGAUCAGUUCUCACAACCUACUUACGUCUUACUUCAGAAUGGCUUGAAUGUCGAAGUUGAUUUAUAUAACGCUCUGAAGGAGCUCGGAAAUGGUGAUCCCAGUAUCAUCAGCACUGCUCUCGGGAUUGGGACAAACCUUUUGGCACCAAACGUUGUUCAGCAUAAUGAUUUUGAUCGCGUUACUCUCGGAAAAUAUAGAUACAACGAUAGAACUACCACUGAAAAUACCUCUGAAGAGGCGGCUCUUCUGAAAGAUCUGGGAGGGAUUCUUGAGGCGGGGGGAAGCACAGUAACGAUCGUCCCCGAAAUCCAAAGGGCAAAAUUUGCCAAAAACUUUUGGAAUGUAGCCUUUUCAUCUUUUGCUACCUUGACGAAUUAUAGACUUCCUGCUAUCUUCCGACCUGCCCCAGAAAGUCCGUCGGUGCCAUAUAGCCCUUAUGUGUCUCCCACUACGGCCAAUCUGAUCGCAGAGUACACGAUUCCUUCUAUUAGAGCAACAUUAACGGAACUCCUCAAUUUGGGUCGGGCUCUCGGCUUCCCAGAUGGCGAUGAUGGCCUUCCGUCAUCGCUAGUUGACAGUGUUUUGAAUAACACGGCACGGCUACACACUUCGCCUGAAAGCUUUCACACACCAAGCAUGAUGCUUGACGCAGAGAAAGGCCAAGCGAUCGAGGUAGAGGUCAUCCUUGGAGAGGUCGUGCGUAUGGCAAAACAGGUUAAUGUGGACAUUCCUCGCGUUGAAACCUUGUAUGGUCUGUUGUUGGUGGUCCAAAAUCAAAUCCUCCGCAAGAUAGAGAGUCGGAAAUAA